UUUGUCAUCAGCAGUCGAUCCGAGAUUCGACUUUAUCCGAGAAACAUGGCGCCUUCCAUGUGGUGAGCGUGCUUGAUUUGCGCCUGAUCCUCGUUAUCAUCGUCGAGAGCGGUCAGUGUUAUUCUUUCCAAGCUCUCGUCUCCAGCACAGCGUGUAAGUCAGUACGCUACCUCUCGCAGUCGCGAUCUGGUGAAAAGGCCGCUGCGUUUCACCAUGCCUCGCAUCAAGUACAUUGGCUAUCCGUCCCCGUACGUCGGCAAGCACUUGCUCUGGCUACUGGGCAACCUCAAGGACUUCGGCGUCGGACGCGUCAUCACGCGCACCGGGUUCGAGCGCUACCCGGAGCCGUCGUACUACGUGAUCAAGAAGGUCGUGCCGUACAUGGACGACGCCAACCAGUACGGCGACGUGUGGGCCGAAACCGUGUACCGCGGUCGCAGAAUCGGGGUCGUUCAGCUCGAGUCGCCUCAGGUGCCCGACUACAAGUUGGUGCCCAAGAGCGAAGAAGGCCGACUCCUGUCGCUUCCGGUCGCGGACCCCGUGCCCAAGGUCCUGCCCCGCUACCUCAAGAUGCCGCCGUUGAUGCGCAUAGUCGUCGAGCGAGACCUUAAGGCUAAGGGUAUCGACGACGCCGAGCCCAAGUUGCAGGCCGUCUACACCAACUCCUACUUGAUGACCUAUCGCAUCGCGGAGGAAGGGGAAGCGCCGGACGUCGAACACACCGACAUGAGGGAUUACAUCGCCGAAAAGUUUCGACAGGGCAUAAAGGAAAUUUAGGACCUCCAUUUCUUCUUCCCCCUCAUCCGGUGCCGUGUUUUGAAGGGAACACCAUGUGGCGCCCCUGUAUAUAAACGCGUAGAUAUAUGUUUAAAUUACAAAGCCUAGACGAGACA